CACUUUGACGGAGGGUUCCGCAAAGUUUUAUCUCCAAGAUUUCAGUUCGCUCUGGCUCUCUGAUUCUGAACCCGAAAGCGGCCUACUUCCCGCCGCCCUGCUGAAAUUCAAUAUAGGAAGCAGCUGGAUAAUUCAAAAACCAAUGAUUCGGAAGUACUUAUCUACUCAGAUGAGGUGGGUUUCGGCUUCUGGGUUCCCCAUUCCACUGGCUGCCGCCGUGAUGGCCGCCGCCGGGUUGGCCGUCGCCUUAAUUAGGGACCGUAAAUUGGGCAAUGGGUUACCUUGGUUGGGUCAGGGCAAGGAUGGCCGGGAGAAAGUGCUCUUAGUUCCUGGUUUGCAGAACUUGGGGAAUAAUUGCUUUCUUAAUGUGAUCUUGCAGGCUUUGGCAAGUUGCUCUCUUUUUCAGCCAUUCCUUCAAAAGAUCAUAGAAGAUUGCGAAUCCUCUGCCAGUGAAGAUUGGAGCGAGGGGUUGCAGCUAACAGUUGCUUUGGCUUCUUUGUUAGAAGAAUUAUGUUUAUGUGGAGAAGGUAGAGUGGUGUUAAGUCCCCGGCAAGUGAUGAUAGCGAUGGCUCAGUAUAUCCAGAACUUCAACCUUACCAGCCAACAGGAUGCAGAAGAAGCAUUCCUUCACCUGUUGUCCUCUUUGAGAGAAGAAUUUUCUGAUUGUUAUCCUCCCAGCCAGAGCUCACUGGCAGAGAUUAUCAAGAGUGCUCACUCCAGGAUUAUCACUCCGAAAAUUAAUGAACUAAAAAAUGAAAAGGAAAGAUGGCAGCAACACUUCCUUGGACCAUUCGAUGGUAUUCUUAGCAGCACAUUAAUCUGCCAAACUUGCUCAUCACAGAUUUCAUUGAAUUUUCAAUUUUUCCAUAGUCUGCCCCUCUCGCCAGUUCUUGGAUUUGGUGCACCAAUAAUCGUUGGAUGUACUCUAGAGGAUUGCAUGAAGCGGUUUAUAGCUUCGGAACAACUCGAUAAUUACCACUGUGGAAAUUGUUGGCACAUUGCAGCAAUAAAAUAUCUCAUUGUUAGAGGAGCCCCCGAGGCUGACAUUGAGAAGCUGAUGAAAUGUACUGAGAGAGAUUCGUGUGCCUGUCGUAGGGCUUUUCAUCUGGACAAUCUACCUUGGUCGAAUAAUUACUCGCGGACUUUGAAGCGACUUAGUAUAGCCCGUUGCCCAAAGAUCCUAUGCAUUCAUCUACAACGUGCUUCGGCUAAUCACUUUGGUGAGCCUAUCAAACUUCAGGGCCAUAUCAGUUUCCCCUUUGUUCUGAACCUGCUUCCAUUCACAUUUAGAGGGCUGCAAUCUCAAAAGCAAUACUCUCGUUUGAGCAGUCCUCAUGUGCAAUUUGAUACGGUAGUGCCAGCUUGCAUCAGUGGCCAAGAUUUAGCCGCCGAAGAAGCAUUAGUGGAAGAUAAAUUUGAAUGCUCCGAGCAAUUACAGACCAUUAUGGGAGAAGCCAAGUCGGUUGAGAUCAAAGUCAGUUUGGAGACCAUGGAGACUGAUGCAGGCUUCCCAACCGCAGACAAGGUGAAUGUGGUGUCUCCCUCGGUGUCUUCUCUCUACCGCCUAGUUUCUGUAGUGGAGCACUUUGGGAGGCCAGGAGGUGGGCACUACACGGUUUACCGAAGUGCACGCUGCAAUUCCCCAGAAGAAUGCAGCAGCAGGAACCAGGACAAGCCUUCCCAUCUUCACUGGUUCUGCAUUUCGGAUUCCCAGGUCUCGAUUGUUUCGGAGGAGGAUGUCCUUGCUGCAGAGGCAACCUUGCUCUUUUAUGAAAGAAUUGUAGAAGAAGGCUGAUUAUGUAGUAGGAUACUUUAUUCGCAGGAGGGGAGAGACCUGUUUUGUUGUAUCAUAGCAGAGAAGGAUAGACAUGGGGAUUAAAGUGGCAGUUGUAGAUUUUGAUGUUUGAGGAGACAGAAAGAAGAGGUUUCUUUCUUUACUUUGGCAACUUCAUUUUUAUAGGGAUCUAAAAAAUAAUAAUAAUAACUUAAAGGAUUACUGUAGCUCUGGCUAGUUGGGAAUGAAAAAAGGCAUUGCUAUUCGUCGCUCUAAAAUUCUUUAUUCGUCGCCCUAAUUAAGUUAAAUUUACUUUAAUAUCCUUGUUCAUUUAUUUGUCUUUCAAACACUUAAACCCAUGCCCGACUACCUCGUCGGAGGUCCAAUCGUCAUCAUCAUCGCUAUGUGAAUAAGAGCAAAAGGUAAAAAAGACUUUUUUUAUUUAUUUAUGAUAUUUUGGGGUCGGACGAGUUGAAGCUCGCCGGCAACCGUACGAGAACAUUUGAGGAAUGAUAAAGAGUUUUGAAUUGGAUGAACAGAUUACAAACGAAAAGAGAAUGCUUGUAGAUUAAAAAAGGAAAUUGGCUACUUUGCAGUCAUUAUCGCUGCUUUUGAUGGGAAUUACAGAAUGCUAUCUUCUAAUGAAAUUAGAGCAAGUUUGAAAGAUGAAAAGAAGAAAAAUUGGGAAGAAAAUAAAUCCCAAGAACACUUGAACCAAAAGAUAUCAGACUUCCCACUUCUAUAUAUCUACCCAGAGGACCCUUUCAGUUGUAGAUGAGAAGACUGAAGAAUGAAUCGGCCGAGGAACCCUUCUACAACUCUUGCUUGCGCUUGACUAGUUGUUAAAAGUUGAUGUAAUCUGAAUCGAUUGAGGAGUCAACAAGGGCCGCUUUCCUUCUCUUUGUCGACGACAACAUAGCAGCUAGCGGCGGGGACGGUUCUUCUUCCUUCUCCCCGGCAACAAAGCAGCAGCAGGCAACUUUCGACUUGCUUCUUCUUCCUCCUUCUCCUUCUUCUCCGCGAUGUUAGAGCAGAAGCUGCCCGCCAAAAACAGAGCAACAAUAGAAGCUGCGGAUUGGGUGAGGGUAUCGGGUUGGAAUGGAUGGAAGGGGGAUUAGAAGCGGCGUCGACAAUUAAUUUUUCUCUGGCCA